GAGAGAGAGAGAGAGCGCGAGAGAAAAAGCGAGAGCGAGAGCGAGAGCAGUGGAGGAAGCAAACGGAAGGCGAAACCGGUGGCUGCUUCCGAUUUUUCUAUUUCUACUAUUUGUAAGAUUUUGUCUUUGUCAUCUUUCGCCCUUCUCUCGUCGGUCGCGGCUAUCGCACACUCGCCGAUGGUGGCCGCGACCACCUGAGGCGGCUGCCGACGGCCGGAUCGGCGUCUCCGUCGAGGUGCUCCGGCGGGGAAUGAUGGGAUUCCGGCGAUCGGGCUGCGCUGCCCGCUGAUCUACGGGGCCUGAUCGUGAUCCUGGGCCAGCGCUGGAGUCGGUCCCGGCGGCUGGAACCGCACCUCCGGCGAGAUCAACCUGCGAUCGGGUAGUGUUUUCACCGUUGCUCGUAGGGCGUAUUCUUCGAUCGGAAGACGAUCGGAUUUAGCUGAGUCGAGAGCUUGAGUGUGGUUGUGGGGUCUUAUAUAGAGCAAGAACUACUGCAUGGCUGAUAAUGGAAGGGGAUAAAAGCUCGCGGUGGAUUGCUUAGGGGGUUGAAGUUGCACCCAUGACCAUUUCCAUUAUAUGCAGAGGUAUAUUGAGAGGUUGCAAAAUCCCUAAUCCUAUAUGCAUCAAAGGGAAUUCUUGUCCAAUGUAUCUAUUAAGUAUCGUUUUUAGUGCCUGCAGUUUAUAACUUGUUCUCCAGUGUGUGGGCAAUUGCAAAAUCUGUGACGUUUUUAAGCUGUUCAUUUUGAGAAUCCAAAGAAAGAAAUGGAAAUGCAAGAUUGCAAGUCAUCAACCAUAGUUGUUGCUCCAAGAUGUGUGCUUUCACAACUUUUAAGAUUCUUUGAUCAAGACCAUGGUUCUUCCCAGAAGUACAUUUUGGCUUACAUGCUGUUGGCUAGAAAUUGGAAUUUGUUGCAAGAGGUUGAAAGAAAUAUAUAUGAGAAAGAGUCGUAUAUGCCUAAUCUGGACCGUCCAGGACUGAAGAAGAAAAGACAUGCUGCAAGGACACAGACUGGUAGUGAUUAUGGUGAUCAGAGAUCGAAUGACCGUCUCCUUCCAGGACUUCAUGACGAUAUUGCAUUAGAUUGCCUGACCUGGACAUGUAGAUCUGACUACCCAUCACUUGCUUGUGUGAAUAAAAGGCUUAAUUUGUUGAUUAAUAGUGGUUAUCUUUACAAAUUAAGAAGAUUUCUUGGUAUUGUUGAGCACUGGGUAUAUUUGGCAUGUAGUUUGAUGCCUUGGGAGGCAUUUGACCCUUUAAGGCAGAGAUGGAUGAGGUUACCAAGGAUGCCAUGUGAUGACUGCUUUUCGUAUGCUGACAAGGAAUCUCUUGCUGUAGGGACGCAUCUUCUUGUUUUUGGUCGAGAAUUGACUGGUUUCGCUAUUUGGAUGUAUAGCUUAGUCAGACGUGAUUGGUCUAGAUGCCCACUGAUGAACAUACCUCGUUGUUUGUUUGGAUCUAGCAGCUCUGGAGAAAUUGCUAUUGUUGCUGGUGGAAGUGACAGGAAUGGCCAUGUUUUAAAAUGUGCCGAGUUGUACAAUUCAGAGUUGAGGAGUUGGGAAACUUUACCUGAUAUGUAUUUGCCGAGGAGAUUAUGUUCUGGAUUCUUUAUGGAUGGGAAGUUUUAUGUUAUAGGAGGCAUGUCAAACCAUAUAGAUUCUUUAACAUGCGGCGAGGAGUAUAACCUCCAAACAAGGACGUGGAGAAGAAUUAGAAAUAUGUAUCCAGGUGGUAAUAGGGCCACUCAGUCUCCCCCUCUGGUUGCAGUUGUAAAUAAUCAGCUUUAUGCUGCUGAUCAAUCCACAAAUGAAGUUAAGAAGUAUGAAAAGGAAAAUAACACGUGGAAUGUUGUAAGGCCAUUGCCUGUUAGAGCCGACUCUUCUAAUGGUUGGGGCCUUGCAUUCAAGGCCUGUGGUGACAAGUUAUUGGUGAUUGGUGGUCGUAGAGGGCCUCAAGGUGAAGUCAUAGUGAUGCAUUCUUGGUGUCCUGAGGAUGAUAAUAAUGGUGAAGCAGAGUGGGACAUUCUUUCCGUCAGGGAACGAGCCGGUGCUUUUGUUUACAAUUGUGCAAUAAUGGGUUGUUGAGGCAUGCACGGGCAUGCUGGGCAUAAAUCAGAGUAGAUAGGAGGGCAAUUGCCUCAUUUAAUUGUUGAAGCAACUUAUGUUUACUGGGUAGUUUCUGUUUCAAGUUUUUACAUUAACUUGUAUUUAUCAACGACAUCUCAGUUAUGCUCUUUUAAUCGAGGUCUCUAUGAGACAGACUAGAUUGUUGAUUUAAUUUGGAGGCUUCUUAUUUACUUUUCCUUUAAA